AGCAUGCGCUUCUCGUUCGUAAUAGUCCUCGUCGUCCUAGGAUGCCUCCUGUUCAUCCAGGAGGGCAGUGGGCAGACGAGCUCAUCCUCCACCUCCUCCUCGGCCACCACCACGACCACCGCGUCCUCGGCCUCCUCGGCCACCACUACCACUGUUUCGUCCGGCACCACAACCACCACAACCUCCUCCGCCUCCUCCGCCUCCUCCUCCUCCUCGGACACAACCACGACCACCGCCGCCUCGGCCACCACCACGACCACCACCACCUCCUCGUCCUCGUCCUCGAGCGCGGCUGCCCGUCGUCGCAGAGCCGCCGCCCGCCGCCGCCGAUUGGCACAACAACGUCGCAGGCGUCAACAGCGUCAACAGCGCCAAAGGCGCCGCCGCCAACAACAACAACAAAGGAGACGCCAGCGAAGGCGGCGACAGAACCGGGGAUAGGCGAAGUUCCAAGCCUAGCGGGUUAGGUGUCUCUUUCCAUAAACCAGAAAAAUUUCUAUCGCUAUUUGAACCAGCGGUACAGCAGCGGAGUCUUAGUGAAGCAUUUCAUUAUUUACAAAUAUGGAAAGAAGUUAGUCCCAACAAUCCGAUACUUGUGUACAAAUAGGUAACCUUGGCAUAUGCCAACUAUUUAUAAAUUAAGUUUUCCAUCACGCGAUACGUGUGUAGCGUGUAACGGUUGGAUGCUGUGGAUGAUCGGGAAUCUGCAAUUCAGGAAUAAGUAUUAUAGGGACAGAAAAGUUUUGGAGACAGUUAGCUAUGCGAAUCCACCGAUGGUAUUGUGGUCGCAUAUGGCCUCCCAACCUAUGAUCACCACCUUAAAACAUGGCUUCGGUGACCCUUUGAUACCUUACGACCGAGAAAUCAGCAGCUUAGUUCAGUUCAGUGUUAUUUAGAGAUCCAUGGUUUUAUUUUUGCUCUAAAAACUUCUUCAAGGGACUUCUUCGAAUUUAUCAUUUCGUGUUUUUUAGGCAAUUAGAGACUUUACGAGUUAACAAUAGGCGAUCGUAAUUUAUAUUUAACUUCAUUUGAAAAUUAAUUCAAAGAGAAUGCAAAUAACGCAUAGGAUUUUAAUUAAUAAAUUUUUUUAGAUCGGGGUUUAUGUUUAAGUAAGUUUCGUUCACUUUACGGAUCGGCG